GGGGCGCGCGGAGCCGGAGAAGGAGGGAGAAGGGAGGGUGUGUGAGCGACUGAGACACAAGAAAAGGGAGCGCGCCCGCCGCCGCCGCCGCCCUCCUCCGGAGAGAGGCUGGAGUGAGGCUGUGCGAAGCGCCGCAUCUCAAUGAGGACCCGCCGAGGCACAUCUCUGCACUAGUGGCCGCAGCCCCGAAGCCCGCGCUCCCGCAGCUGCUGCCGCCCAGCCCGGCAGCCCCGCAGCCCCGGCCGCGCCCAGCCGGGCGAGGACAGUUCCAGCAGACCGCCCCGAGCCUGGCCCCAGACAGCCCAGCGGCGACUCUCUGCGGACAGGUUCCACGCGCACCCAGUCAUGUCCUUCGGCCGAGACAUGGAGUUGGAGCACUUUGACGAGCGGGACAAGGCGCAAAGGUACAGCAGGGGGUCGCGGGUGAAUGGCCUGCCGAGCCCCACGCACAGCGCCCACUGCAGCUUCUACCGCACCCGCACGCUGCAGACACUCAGCUCUGAGAAGAAGGCCAAGAAGGUUCGCUUCUAUCGAAACGGAGACCGUUACUUCAAAGGGAUUGUGUAUGCCAUCUCUCCAGACCGCUUCCGCUCCUUCGAGGCCCUGCUGGCUGAUUUGACCCGAACUCUCUCGGAUAACGUGAAUUUGCCCCAGGGAGUGAGAACCAUCUACACCAUUGAUGGACUCAAGAAGAUCUCCAGCCUGGACCAGCUGGUGGAAGGAGAGAGUUAUGUGUGCGGCUCCAUAGAGCCCUUCAAGAAGCUGGAAUACACCAAGAACGUGAACCCCAACUGGUCGGUAAACGUGAAGACCACCUCAGCUUCCAGGGCAGUGUCUUCACUGGCCACUGCCAAGGGAAGCCCUUCAGAGGUCCGGGAGAAUAAGGAUUUCAUUCGGCCCAAACUCGUCACCAUCAUCAGAAGUGGGGUAAAGCCUCGGAAAGCUGUCAGGAUCCUGCUGAACAAGAAAACGGCGCAUUCCUUUGAGCAGGUGCUCACUGACAUAACCGAUGCGAUCAAGCUGGACUCGGGAGUGGUGAAGCGCCUGUAUACCCUGGAUGGGAAGCAGGUGAUGUGCCUUCAGGACUUUUUUGGUGACGAUGACAUUUUUAUUGCAUGUGGACCGGAGAAGUUCCGUUACCAGGAUGAUUUCUUGCUAGAUGAAAGUGAAUGUCGCGUGGUGAAGUCCACUUCUUACACCAAAAUAGCUUCAUCGUCCCGCAGAAGCACCACCAAGAGCCCAGGGCCCUCCCGGCGCAGCAAGUCCCCGGCCUCCACCAGCUCAGUUAAUGGAACCCCUGGUAGUCAGCUCUCCACUCCACGCUCGGGCAAGUCGCCAAGUCCAUCACCCACCAGCCCAGGAAGCCUACGGAAGCAGAGGAGCUCUCAACAUGGUGGCUCCUCCACUUCACUUGCAUCCACCAAAGUCUGCAGCUCAAUGGACGAGAAUGAUGGACCUGGGGAAGAAGUGUCUGAGGAAGGCUUCCAGAUUCCAGCCACAAUAACGGAGCGAUAUAAAGUCGGGAGGACAAUAGGAGAUGGAAAUUUUGCUGUUGUCAAGGAAUGUGUAGAAAGGUCGACUGCUCGGGAGUAUGCUCUGAAAAUUAUCAAGAAAAGUAAAUGUCGAGGCAAAGAGCACAUGAUACAGAAUGAGGUGUCUAUUUUAAGAAGAGUGAAGCAUCCCAACAUUGUUCUUCUGAUCGAGGAGAUGGAUGUGCCAACUGAACUGUAUCUUGUCAUGGAAUUAGUUAAGGGUGGAGACCUUUUUGAUGCCAUCACUUCCACUAACAAAUACACGGAGCGAGAUGCCAGUGGGAUGCUGUACAACCUGGCCAGUGCCAUCAAAUACCUGCACAGCCUGAACAUCGUCCACCGUGACAUCAAGCCGGAGAACCUGCUGGUGUAUGAGCACCAGGAUGGCAGCAAAUCCUUGAAGUUGGGUGACUUUGGACUGGCCACCAUUGUCGAUGGCCCCCUGUACACAGUCUGUGGCACCCCAACAUAUGUGGCUCCAGAAAUCAUUGCAGAGACCGGAUAUGGCCUCAAGGUGGACAUCUGGGCAGCUGGUGUAAUCACUUACAUCCUGUUGUGUGGUUUCCCUCCAUUUCGUGGAAGUGGUGAUGAUCAGGAGGUGCUUUUCGAUCAGAUCUUGAUGGGGCAGGUGGACUUUCCUUCUCCGUACUGGGACAAUGUGUCUGAUUCUGCAAAGGAGCUCAUCACCAUGAUGCUGUUGGUCAAUGUGGAUCAGCGAUUUUCAGCUGUUCAAGUCCUUGAGCAUCCCUGGGUUAAUGAUGAUGGCCUCCCAGAAAAUGAGCAUCAGCUGUCAGUAGCUGGAAAGAUAAAGAAGCAUUUCAACACGGGCCCCAAGCCGAACAGCACAGCAGCUGGAGUUUCUGUCAUAGCACUGGACCACGGGUUUACCAUCAAGAGAUCAGGGUCUUUGGACUACUACCAACAACCAGGAAUGUAUUGGAUAAGACCACCGCUCUUGAUAAGGAGAGGCAGGUUUUCCGACGAAGACGCAACCAGGAUGUGAGGAGCCUGUACAAGGCACAGCCAGCUCCGCCGGAACUCAACUCAGAAUCGGAAGACUACUCCCCCAGCUCCUCCGAGACUGUUCGCUCCCCUAACUCGCCCUUUUAAUAAGACCCUUUUACUCAAAGUCCUAGCUUAACCCUUUGAGACUCUGAGAUUACCCCCCCCCAAAUUUCUGUAAAACAGUUUCAUCUGAUCUAUCUAGCACUCAAUGCUUGAAUGACAGAACAGAAAGUGUGUUUUCAGGUCCUUUGUAGAGAUUUCCCUUUACUGAAUGAGAUGGCAUGUGGUGUUUGUGAAGAUGGUAAUUUGCUGCUAAUAGGGUCCUUAAAGGGUUAAGGCUAAUUUGCAAUUUUUUUUAAACAUAGAGCAAUGAAUGUUUUCAUCAGUCAAGCUAGGAUCUACAAAUGUAACAUAGCACAUGUUAGCCCUCUGAGUGCAUAGAACUUUCUUAAGACUCUUUUCUGGGGAAUUUUUCAGGCCCUUAGAUAUAUUCACACAUUUCUUUAUUUUGCUGCAGAUCAAGGGGUGUCAUCAAGAUGUUGAAAUGUACAUCUAAGAAGAGUGUAGAAAGCAGUAUCUUGCUUAUCCUUUUCUGUGAUUUAGAACUGACAGGUUGUUAACUUUGCCCUAUGCACCCCUCCUUCUUCACAAUCUCAUGAAGAAAGAGACCCCUUUUCUAAGAAGCCAGUUUGCUGCAGGGAGUCCCCCUGUAGUGGGGGGAAUUGGGUUAUUGGCAGCCUGACCCAAGAAGUAGACAGUGUCUCUCCCCACAAAUUGUCUCCCUAACAAAGAUGUGCUGAAGACACCUCAGAAACGCUGUUUCCUCAUCAGUUGCUGCUAGUGCCAGACAGACCCUCGAGGAAUCACCUUGACUUGGCUUGUGCUUGGUGAGUCAGGGGGUUCUGUUCACUCAGGAUCAGAAAAGAUCUACAAGAAAGAAACAACCUGUGAUAAAGAGCAAUAAAUUGCCAGGUGCUCUGUAGGGCUGGAAUUUCCAACAGGAAGGGGAACCAAGGUCCUGUGCUUUUUCUCAGCCGCUCUUCCUGACUGUCAGUGGGGGAGCCACAGACAGUGUGAAAAGUAUUAUGUCGGAGAGCUGGAGCACAAGGGAGCUAGGGGCAAGUGCUCUGCAAAGUGGCGGAAGGGAGAGCAAGGUGGGGAACACAAUCCAGAGUGUUCUAAAAAUGGGUCUUAAGGAAAUAAACCAAUUCCAUGAGCACCUUUAGGUUACCUACACAUCUCCCAAGAAGAGCAAAAUGUAUUACCUAGAAGAUACUUCUGAGGAUAAAACUGCCAUAAUAUGAUAUUCUUUUAUAGCACUGUCUCUGAUUGUCCAGGAGGGACUUGUUUUUUCUGGUUUGGGGCCAAGCAAGACCUGACUGGAACUGGUAUUUUCAUUCCUGUUACGGAAUCAGUCUCUCCAGGCCUGUGUCUCCAGACCCGAGUUUCUUUGGGAGUGUAUCACAUUUCAGAAUGCUCCUUGCCGCUUCCUGUUCAUUAUAGCAUACUCAACAAAGAUACAGGGGUAUUUCAGAGGCAGGGGCCAGCGCAAAUGUUGCCACAAUGUCGACAGUGAUGGUGUCAGGAAUGGCUGAGCAGUACUUAUUUUCUCAACUUUGAAUGUAUUUUAAUAUCUUGGCAUUUAUAAACAACCUUUCUAUAGUCAGUUCUUUAUUUUCAGAAUCUACAUUAAUCUUCAACUGCUGCUUUUUAUUCAUAGUCCCUAAACAACAUUCUAGGCACAGAGACUUUUAAAUAACAGCCGAGACCUACAUUUUCUGCUUGUCCACAUUUCAGUCCACAUUUCUGCUCUUCUACGUUUAAAUAUAACAUUUAUUGAGGUUUUUUUUUUAAAUCCUUUUAGACAGCCCAGAAAUGAUAACACAUAAAAUCACAAAGUAGCAUAAGUCAGUAAGUCAGUCAGUUGGGUGUUGGGAGUGGGUGCAGGGCACAGACCACCAAGAAGGGUGUUGAUAUAUAGGUAGAGGCCCUUUUAGCAAAGAACGCUGAACUGGUCGGAAAUUAUUGCUUUCUUUGGAACUAUAAAGCAAAGCACUAUUCUAAGGUUAACAAGUAGCUACAUAGCUGAGCCUCAACUCUACAUAUGCGAAUAAAAAAUUCCUAUGGGCAGAGACCUACUUGCAGUAGAGUGUCACUUCUCUUUCUCUGAAUUACUGUUUUUCCCCUGGGCAUUAACAUACUGCGACAGCAUCCAGGGUAUAGGACCACAAGGUAGGGCGCUGGCCUUUUUCCGUCAACAUUUCAAGGAACUUGGGAAAGUUUCUCAGCACACUGCAGAGGGCAGCUCAGAAGAAUUCAGAACCCAUUCAGAAUGAGGAUCCCAGCACAUCACUAUAGAAUUUCAGUGAUGUAUGCUGAAUAAACAGUGGAAUGUGACCUGUCAAGUAGAAAUAUUGAGUAAUCAGAUGGAAUGCAUAAUGCAGUAAUCUUUCCAGCAUUAAGCUACCAAGAUCUUGAAUGUCAGAGAUGUACUCGGAGGGUUAACAGACAAGCACAAGGCAUGCUGAUGACGUUGGUGUAUCCGGAUUGCUUUGCUUUUAGCAGUGCUUUCAAAUUUUUUGUUUCUUAACAUUCUUGGGAUAAUUCCAGUUUGAAAUAAUUAAGUGGUGGUGUUCCUUAAGGAAUUUCUAUGACCAAAUUGAUCUUAUUUUUUAUUUCACUUAUCAUAGAACAAAUAUGUACUAUUAUGGCCAUGUAUAUCUGUAAUUAUCAACCUAACCAUCACCACUAGUGUUCCACUUUUUUUCUGAGUAUUUAAUACAGCUCUUUUAUUGGUGGUCUGGUGAUGGAAACUGUCCUUCCUUACUAACACGGUGACCAACCUAGGUGUUUUCACGGGAAUUUUAAGAUUCAUCUUUUCAGUUUGAGAGUAGACUAGUUGAGGAACAAUUCUUCAUUACCUGUAUCAUGUAAAUCUGUAGAUGAGAACAGUUCAUACUAACGAACACAUUUUUUUUUCUCAACAUUGUAGCAGAAACCCUUUUAUUUGUCAUGAUGAAUGAAUAUGUGAUUUGCUCCAGACGGUUAGAAGGAAAAGUAAGAUUUCAGUCAUUGAAAAUGUUUUUAUCGUAGCCCUCAUCUAACUUACAUGUGGUGCAUAAUAAAAUAAGCAGAGAAAAAAAUGUGAAUAAACUACUGAAAACACUUGGUGUUUUGUAUUCAAUGAGACUUUCCUGCUUAGCCCUCUCAGGAGUGGUGGUUAACAGGCUUGUCAGAUAUUGUCGAAAGAGAGCAGUAUAUCCAUGAAUGAAAGCUAAAAUUGCAAUCCUUUACCCUUUGAGGCAUAUUUCAGCUGAAAAAAAAGAAAAGAGAAAUUGACUUAGAGGGUCACAGAGCUACCGAAUGACCAAGACUCAAGCACGUUAAAUCACGGUUGUUUGCUGGCCCACGGCGUCCAUUAUAGACAACUCUGUGCCCUAUGCUGAAGUGCGAGUGUGCUGAGGGAGAUCGUUCUUAACAUUACUGUGUUACCCCUAGUCCUUCUCUGGGUAAAGAUCUGUCAGCAUUUCCAUGAUAAACUCCUAUUCUCAAAGGUUUUUAAUUUGACCAUAAAAAUGUGCCCCAGGCUCAAAUUUGUUAUUUGGGGCUUGUAUUGAAGAGUGAAGGUUUGCCUCCCACUCUUCUCAACCUCCCAACUCCUCAGAGAAAAAUGCAACAACAAAAUGUCUGCUGUAUCCCCUCUGUGAUUCCAGAGUUUUGGAAAACACAGAAGUCCACAAUGGUAGUUUUAACAUAAUCAUUUAUUUGGAUGUGUGUGUGUGUGGUGUGUGUGUGAUUUAAUGGGUCAUCUGGCAUAUAUUGUAAAAUAGUUUCUAUAAUCUGUAAUUUGUUAAUUUUUAAAAAAUUAUUAUGUGAUUUCUUUUUUUUGUCCAAAGAUUUUUAAGAGCUUGAAGUCAGUCAGCUCAAAGGUCCACUUUUCCCACGAGCUGCCUGCCACUUCCAUUAGGAGUCUGGAAGAAAAUUCCCUCAAACAGAGCCUUAUUUUGCAUGCAGUAUAAAGGGUCAGAUAUAUGUUUCUUUGGAAAUAUGAAUUUCCUUAUUUAAUCAUCAAAUUUCGUGAAGCCAUGCAAGUCUGUUGGGAAAACAGCGGUUAAAAGCACUUCCAAAAUUAACACUCUUGUCUAUUCAGAUUCAAGGCCAGCAUAAAAUAACACACUUCAUAUUUUCCUGUUCAAAGGCAAAUAAAUCAGUGAAACUUGAAGACAUAUGAAACAUUUGAUAACUGCAAAAGUGCUUUAAAAUUGGGCUCUAUGGUGCUUAUACAUGGAACAGUUACAAAUGGGGUCCCCAGGACCAUCACAUGGAAUCCUUAGCUUGUAUGUAAUUACAUACGGAAGGAGGAGGUGCUUUUAAGCUGCUCUUUUAUUUCUUAAUCAUCUCAAAUAUGCAGCCAUCCAUCCAGUAGCAUUAAGGGUCAUAAACUGGUGGGAAACAGGAAAUCCAGGGCAGAAACUUCAAACAUUGGGGCAUUUUUGUUUGUUUGUUGUUGUUGUUGAGCCUAACACUGAAGUUUCUGUGGCCAUUUUUCUCAGUGAGUGAGCAUCUAACUGGCAGGUGUUGUGAUCAUGCGGUUUGCCCAAGGAGACAGAUGAGGCAUCCCUGAAGAAAAAGCAGUCUCUAAAUCACACCUGCAAAUUUCCUCAACACUUUUUUCUUUUUGUCAACUAAACUGAGACCCUUAAUGUUGCUUUAAUGUAAAAUUGUAUAUUUUUGACUGUGACAUACUUUGUUAAUUUAAAGUAAUUAGUGCUAAAGCCUUCAUUGUCUGUAUUAAAAGUAGAAUUUUAAAAGUGGUGUUAAAGAUCCUAAUAAUGUCAGUUCAUUCCAAGUCAAUCAGAUGUGACAAGGGAAAAACCUUGAAUAGUUCUCUUGGGAAAAUUUCUCACUUCUCAUUGACAUUAAUCUUUGGUGUAGUCUCAGAAUAAAAGAAAUUGAAACUGAUCCAAGGUUACAGCCAUACCCUCAACAACUUUAAAAAAUUUAUUAGGAAAUUAAUAUUAGCCUUUUUCAUUCUGGCUGAAAGAAAAUUAUUAAAAGAUUAGUUGAGUGUGAAAUUAAAUAGUAUUUUGUUCAGGCAUUACUAAAGAAGUGGGCUGGGAGCUUGACUUAUUUAAACAUGCUUCCAAAAAGGUUCAAUUUGGUAGGGGGAAAAAUUCAAUGUUUCCUUUGAAGAUACUGAAUUUAUCACUUGCAGCAUGGAUCAGAUGGCAUAGAUUAGUGUUUGAUUUGGGGGAUCCUAAUGAAAUAACUUUCAAACUAUUUGUACCCUUGAAUAAAGAUGGAAUGAGAUCCAAUUUUUUCCUAAUCCUUCAGCUUAAGCUAAUAAACUGUAGGUUAAUGUGGAAUGAAA